UCCCGGUCACUCACAUGCAAGUGAUCCGUCCGUUUACAAAACUGGAUGAGUGUCUACAAACAUCCUAAAGAGAGAUGGACAGAGGUAUAUAUACAAGUAAAGAGAACACAGUUGCAGGAUUACUGGUGUCAACGACAGCCACAUCACCAUUGGUUGAGUCGACAUUACAGCCAACCACAUCUGCAUCAAACUAACAGGGUGGGA